AUGGAAUACGAAUAUUAUCAUCAACAAUUUCUUAUCGAGAAACCAUGCCUCGCUACGCAAAUUCCUCCCGAGAUUUUCAUAAGCAUUUGUAAGGAUUUACCACCUACUGAUCUCCUCUCCCUCGCUCGUGUAUGUAAAAAGUUUUACGGAUAUCUUUGCUCAACGAAUUCGUUGACCACCCAAGAAAUUUGGAGGAAUUCUCGUAUGACAUUCUUACCUUUUGUACAAUUACCACCACCUGAAGGUAUGACCGAACUUCAAUAUGUGAAGCUGGUUUCUGAGCGUGGGUGUCAAUUUUGUGGAAAAUCAAGGAUUAGAAAAAUUUAUUGGCCCUUUCUCGUACGGAGUUGCAAGAAAUGUCUUGAGGAACGAACGAUAAGGUGA